GGGUGCGCGCGCGGCGAAGUUCCGUGCGGGACGCGGCGCCGCUCGCUCGGUCCUGCGGGGCUCCCGCGGCCCCCGCGCCGGCACCGCCGCGCCUCCGCCGUGCCGCAGCAGAAGCGAGAGACAGAGUUUGGUAUGAUACCAUGGAAGGGCAGCACAACCAUCCUCAUCAUCUAGGGGACCAGAACAACCCUCUGUGCAAGCUGCCAGGGCAGGAAUUCCAGCAUGAUCCUCAGAGACAUUUAACGUCGUACCCGUAUCGCUGCACCUUGGCAGAUUUUCAGAUCGAGAAAAAGAUCGGACGAGGCCAAUUCAGCGAAGUUUACAGAGCAACUUGUCUCCUGGACAGGAAACCUGUGGCACUGAAGAAAGUCCAGAUUUUUGAAAUGAUGGAUGCUAAGGCAAGGCAAGACUGCAUUAAAGAAAUUGACCUCUUGAAGCAGCUGAACCACCCCAAUAUAAUUAAGUAUUUGGAUUCUUUUAUUGAAGACAACGAACUCAACAUUGUGCUGGAGCUGGCUGAUGCUGGGGAUCUCUCCCAGAUGAUUAAGUAUUUUAAAAAGCAGAAACGGUUAAUCCCAGAAAGGACGGUGUGGAAAUAUUUUGUGCAGUUAUGCAGUGCAGUGGAACACAUGCACUCCCGCAGGGUGAUGCACAGAGACAUAAAACCAGCCAACGUGUUUAUAACAGCCACAGGGGUGGUGAAGCUGGGAGAUCUUGGAUUAGGCCGGUUUUUUAGUUCUAAAACCACCGCAGCACAUUCCUUAGUGGGAACUCCCUACUAUAUGUCCCCAGAGCGAAUACAUGAGAACGGCUAUAACUUUAAGUCUGAUAUCUGGUCUUUGGGCUGUUUAUUGUAUGAGAUGGCAGCUCUGCAAAGUCCCUUCUAUGGAGAUAAAAUGAACCUGUUUUCUCUUUGCCAAAAAAUAGAGCAAUGUGACUAUCCACCUCUUCCAGCUGAACAUUAUUCUGAAAAGCUGCGGGAGCUGGUGAGCAUGUGCAUAUACCCCGACCCAGAUCAAAGGCCUGACAUCAGUUACGUGCACCAAAUAGCCAAACAAAUGCACGUGUGGACCUCGAGCACAUGAGCGCCGCGGCCGCGCAGAGCCAGCACAGCUCAGUCUUACUUGAAUUCUUUUUCUCAGCUGAAAGCGACUGGUGCCAGGUCACACAGGUGGGAGGUUGAGCACUCACAGCAGAGGCUCCAUCAUUUGCAGGUUAUUUGAUAAGGACUCUUACAGGUGGUCGUGCUUUAACGUGAAGAUUCUGUGAGGUAUUGCAAGUGAUUCUUUUUAUUUUUUAUUUUUGAGGCCAAUAAUGUUAUGGAUGUAGAUCAUUUAAGGGUCCUUUCUUAAAACUGUCGUGUGUAAUCUAGGAUAGCCGCUAUUACUGAGGGCUCGGCCUUUGCCAGACCUUCUCUCUUAACUGUAAUGUGAAAUAUUGAAAUAAUUCCUUCAGUGAAAUCACUUUAUACUAAUGUAAGAAUUACCAUAGAUUUUGUGUAAUUUGUAUAACUGCUACUUUGCCUCUUCUGCAAAUGGUUAAUAGGAAAUUCAGUUUUUACUUGGUAUAUUUUAAAGUAGUCAUUUAUGUUUUUAUUAAUUUCCUCCUCUUCAGACUUAGGAACUGGGACAGGUUGGGGGGUGGGAAACACUUUUGUUUCAUGAUUUCUUUUUUUUUUUUUUUAAUUGAAAGAGUAUUUUGCUGAUGCAUUUCUCUGUCAGAGAUGAGUUAAACAUGAGCCUGGGGAAAAGAAGACAAACAAGCCAAGCAAACCCCAACCAGCCUUGCUCCUGCAGAGAAUUGCUCCUUACCCUCAUUUUUCCCUUUUGGAAUGGUUCUUCUUCACCUCCAGGUUCUUGUUUAAAACCAGUGUUUAUCAAAGCCAACUCAGUUUUGGUGCAGAGACUUUUACAUGUUCCAUAGUACGUUGGGUACUACCAGUGGAACUUCAGCAGUGUUUUAAACACUUGGAAAAUUUUUUAAAAAUAAAUGAAAUGCUUUGUGUAUGAAAUUCUGCAUAGGAUCAGCCCCUUCUCUCAAACUGUGAAAGCUCACUACAGAAUGUGAAUGUUUAUAAAAUCUCAGCCUGAUCUGAAGGAGUCAUCGUCUUUAACUGCAUGAAAAUUGUCAACCAGCUAAAUUCAUUCAUUGAAUCAAUGAUUUGUUUCAUUACUGUCAAUGGAAAUACUCACUGCUUUAGGAACAGCCGUGGAUUCACGUUCCAGUGUCUCCAUUCCAUGUGCCUGUCGGGAGGAGCAGGGCUGCACUCGGUGCUCCAGAGGAAAUCCCUCAGCCUGUGCUGCUCCAGUGCCGCUUCCACAUGUGACAGGGGCUCGUGCCAAUGUAUAGAUUUGUGUGUGACAGUUCAAAUGCAGCCUGUGCCUGUUUUUUUUUCUUAAGGAAAGCUUACAAUCCUUAAAUUUUUUUGAACUAAGAUUAGGGUUAGAGGGUUACAUACAUAUAUAUGCUUUUAGUGGAUUUUUUUAACCUACUUUUCUCUACUUUAAGGAAAACUGCAGUGCCAUCUUCCAACUACUUCCUCUCAAAUUUGGGAAUAAUUUUAUGGGAUACCAAGAAAAGCCAUUAAUUGCUGUGAAUAUGGUUGGUAUCAUUAAUGCAAGGUGCCAUUUUACUGAGGCUUCUCAGCAGAAAGUUGAGGCUGCUGCUCACAGGAGAGAUGUGGGAAAUUCAAAUCAGCAGGAGAACAUUGUGGAGGCACCAAAUGGCUCCCACCAUUCCCAUGCCAACCAGCUUGGUUAUUUAUACCAGCUUCUUUAGCACUUCCCAGAGUUCAGCCUGAACCCCCUCUGGUUCUACUGCAGCUUUCCUUGGAGCCAUGGCUUCCAGGGAAGCUCAGCUCAAAAAUGAGUAUCUGGAGAAGUCUGGUCACUUUCUUGCUACAUAAAAUUUCUUAGUGCUUAUACAGAAAUGUAUUUCAAAAAGUAAUUUUUUUGCAAUUGUGCAUUUUUAAAUAAAUAAAAAAAAUAUUUCCAAAAUAAACACCUUUGUUUAAAAAACAAAAAAGUCCAGUGUUAAAGGUCCAAGUGGAGGUGAGUUACAAGACCAUCAGACUUGAAAUGAUGCUGGAUCUGCCCUGUAUCCUGUCUGUAUCUACAGCAAACAGGGAAGCAAUAACAUCAACAUCCCCUGAUGACCCUGAUGAUACCCUGCACUGAGGUAGCAGGACACCAGUGUCUGUUGGAGGGCAAGGUCAGCAAUUCAGAACCACCAAUGCUCACUGUUUUCUUACAUUCUAUUAAAUUAAAACCUAUCAAAUUAGA